CCAGCUGACCACCAGUGUUGCCAGAUUAAAUUUGUUAACAUAAUUUCAAGUUACAAGUUCCAGGUGCAAGGGUUUCCACAAUCUACCGAGAAUGUGUAAUACCAUAAAGCUAACUGAAAAUCCAGUAUUGAAGGCAAUUUCCGAACCGAAAGGACCGGAAGGAGUGAUGUAAAUAGAGGGUCUGGCCCCUGGUUGUUUCUCUCUCCUGUCAAGCUGAGCCGAAGUGACGGGGAGGCAGCGCUGAAAAAAAUGUAACUAAAAUCCGGCAAAUUAAAUGGUUGAGUGAGAGAACAUUACAGAAACUUGACUUCAGAUUUGUUUGUUGUAACUAAAGAAUUCUUUCCAAUUAUUUCUUUGUUAUGACAUGCCACAGCUGGUAAAGAGAUUUGUGUAAAUGGCGGGAAAGAAAGCACUACGUCAUAACCUGUCAAUGAAAGAUGUUAGAAACUUCCCUUUUUUGAAGAAUAUUCUUCCGCCACAAUAUGACUAUUAUGUUGAAACUUACAAAGAGUAUGAAGGCCAUGAGGAAGAGAAACGCUUCAGUGCCAAUUUCCGAAUAUCAAGAUCAGAAGCAACAAAGGACAGUAUGAGGCGAUGGCUGGAAGAAUUUUGCAGCCACUCACUGACCACAUAUAGAAUUGAAAGAACAUAUCCAACAGAAACCAAGUUUUUUAUAUACAGGGUUGAUUUGAGAUGUCAUCAUAAUACAAAGCCAACAAGCCACAAAAGGGUCCGUACACCUCAUAAAAAGCACACAGCCUGUCCUGCAAAAAUGACGAUCAAGAUAAGACAGGAUAAACUCAGUAGAAGAAAGAGCAGUGAGCUUCACCUGAAGACUCAUCCUGUUGAAGUGAUGCUGUAUCACCUCCAUAAUCAUCUCACCCAAAGGAGAUAUGCUCUUCAGUUUCGGGAUCCAGAUUCAGCCCUCGUAAAAAAAUUUAGGAUGAUGUACCAUGCUGGUUAUAAGCCUGCUACUGCUCUCAAGAUCCACAAAAGGGACAUACACAUGGAGUAUGAGGAUGAUUCCUAUACUGCUCUAGAGGACAGAGCAUUAUGCCCAGAUGUAAAUUGGUGUUACAGGCAGUACUACUUGACAUGCAAGGGAGAGAAAAGUCUCAAUAUUUUAGAGAGUAAAACAAAUUCAUUGGAGGAAUUUGUACAUGAGUAUAAUAAAAAGUGCAAUGAAAUAUGUGCAGCAAUGAAGUUACUGAAUGAUGAAAAUACAGAUGUUAUUAUUGCUUUAGUUACACCUUUGAUGAAGCAUUUCCAUAAAGGUUUAGCACAGACAGGGAAGCUAAUAAUUAUUGAUAGCAACAGUAUUGAAUUUCUGAAAUGCAGAAUUUAUCUUCUGAUGACUCACAGUGGUUUUGGUGGCCUUCCAGUAGGUAUUCUCAUAACAUCAUCAGACAGCCCUAAUCUUUUGCAUCAGGCUCUAGAUUUAUAUAUGGACUUGUUAUCUGAUCAAGCUUUUGCUGGACAUGGUAACCUUGGACCAGAAAUCAUACUGACAGAAGAUUGUUAUGUUCAACGUCAUGCCUUAGCAGCAAAAUUUCCUGAUACUACCUUAUUGAUUUGCCCAUAUCAUGUGCUUCAAUCAGCCUGGGAAUGUCUGUGCCACAGCCAAUCUGGCAUUGAACAUGUUAGCAGGCAAGAACUGUUUGGCAUGGUUAAGGAUAUGGUUUUGGCCAAAACUGUUUCUGACUUUGAGGAAGAAUAUAAGAAUUUCACAUCAUUACAGACUCAUUAUCCUUUAAAGUUUUUUUCCCACAUGGAGGACUUGUAUAAAAGAAGGAACGAAUGGGCUCUAUGUCUUCAAGGCGAUUUGAUGAACCAAAUAUAUAGUUUCACAAGUGUUGCAGAAAUAAUGGAAUCUCUGAAGGACAAAAUGCUUAAGCAAACAGAAGCAUGCACAAUGGUUCAGCUUCUUGAAUUUUUGACUACUGAUUUAAAUACAUAUUAUACAAAAAAAUUACACUGCAUUGCAGAAGGUCAAUUUGAAGUGCCAUAUUUACAACGCUAUAUGCAGGAGAAGAAAAUGAUGGAUAUGCUAGAAGUUGUUCCCUUCUUUAAAAUUAAAAAUGCAGCAACGGGUGAAUGCUUUGACGUAGACAUGAGUUUAGGUUUAUGCUCCUGCUCAGUUGGUGUCUCGGGCGAACCCUGCAAACACCAAUGCGCCUUAACUAAGAAACUUGAUGUAGGUAACCUUUUGAUGAAACCAGUUAUAGAUUCAAGAACAAGAGAUGAAAUAGCCAGAAUAUACAGCCAGACUCAGGAUAAAAAGCUCAGAAAUGAUACUGUAAAGAAAAUUGAAAAGUGCAGUGAAAAACAGGAGAAAGUAAAUGAAAAAGUAAACUUGGAAUUAGCAAAUAAUACCAGCAUUCAUUGUGAGAAAUAUGCAGAAUCAAAAGAUGCUAGUAUAGAAGGAAUUGAUUUGAAAAAAUUAUCUGAUAUAAAAACUAGUGCUGAUGUGUCACCAUGUCUAGUAUGUAGAGCGAUCCCAACUUCACAAGCCCAUUACACAAGAUGCAGUCACAAUGUACAGUUAGUUUGUGAGACUUGCAGAAUGGGGCCAAAUAACCCAGAACAGGAGCAACAUUGUCUGCAGAAACAUACCAGCAAAAAGCAAUGUGGAUGUGAGGUACGUGGGAAAGGUAACUCUGGUUGUGAUUCUUUGAGAAAACACUCAUUAUGUCAAAAUCCAAAUAGCCCACAAGAAAAUGAGGCAUGUGGAAAACAUUUUAAGAAUAGGAAUAGAAUUACUAGACAUAGAUGUAAAAAGGAUAAAAAAUGCAUUUGUUCAAACUGUCAAAAGCCUUAUAUAAACGAGAGACACCUAACAACUCAACUGCAUAAGACUUUCAAAACUUUUGAUACUGAUACCAAUAUUGAAGUAAAAAGUUAUCCUUACCCAAGUGAUCAUCAUCACAAACAGAAAGUUAUCAUAAUUAAUGCAGAUGAACCAUCAGCACCACCAGCUAUUAAUGAUCUGGAAGAAAGUGGUUGUUCUUAUGUAUCUCUUUAUCCCAAUGCUGCCGGGGAAAAUGAAUAAAAAAUUGGGAAAAUGCUGUGCUCAUUUUUUAUAUUUUUUGUGAAAUGUCUCUGCACAUAGAUGGCUCUGCUAGUUCUAGGUCAGAAAGGAGUCAAUUAAUUGACCUUGUGACCUUACCUGCUUUCACCUUUCCUUGAAUUGGCGGGAAAAACAUACUUUUUACUAGUGCUAUAGAUAUCGAUGGUGUUAUUUUUAUUAUAAAUAUUAUGAUAAUCAUAAUGUUAUACACAUUAGUAACAGCAAAAUAAGAAAACGUAAAAUAUUUUCGUACAUCAAAGAAAAGGGUAAAUGGGUGAGACAGGCAGUACUCGUAAUAGGCUCAUUGGUGACUUAGUACAAGUGUAGCCAUCUUUGUGCAAAAACAAUCAAACAAGUAACUCACAGUGGACAUAGCAUGUACGUACACAUCAUGCCCGUCGGCAUUGGGUUAAACACCAGCUGCAUCAGAGAUUUCCUUGAUGCAUGUGGUCAGGAGAGAGCAAUCAGAAUCAGUACAUCAGGGACAAUGUUUCAUUCAUAAACUUUUUGUACUGAUUAUACAUAUUUUUGCUAAUAAAACAAAAUAGAAAAAAAAAUGUAUUUCUCUCUUUCUCUAGCCUCCGGGCUAGUACAGUGGUAAUGUGUCGGCCUCUCAUCUGAGGGGUCGGCAGUUCGUGCCCCGCCCAGGUGCGAGAAGUUGCAAUUGUUGCCUGGAGGUUACUGCUGUGGCUGGGCACCACAGCGGGUAAGAACUAAGCUCAACCGAGUCAGCAGCAGCUGACACACUGUUAGCGAGUCGACAUUAUUCGGCACAGGUCGGGCUCCCCUCAUAGCCCGGGCGAGGCUCAGCUUCCAUAUCGGACUUAUCCUUAACACUCAC